AUGGUCAGAUACGCUGCUACUCCAGCCAACCAAGCUAAGGCCGCCAAGUCCAGAGGUUCCUAUCUCCGUGUUCACUUCAAGAACACCCACGAAGUUGCUGUCGCUAUCCAAGGCAUGAAGUUGAGCAAGGCUUAUGCUUACCUCAACAAUGUCAAGGAACACAAGCAAUGUAUUCCUUUCCGUAGAUUCAACGGUGGUGUCGGUCGUACUGCUCAAGCCAAGGAAUUUGGUGCUACUCAAGGUCGUUGGCCCGUCAAGUCUGUCAAGUUCAUUCUUGAUCUCUUGAAGAACGCCGAAAGCAACGCUGAGGCCAAGGGUUUGAACGUUGAAGAACUCUUCAUCUCCAGCGUCAUUGUCAACCAAGCUCCCAAGCACCGUCGUCGUACCUACCGUGCUCACGGUAGAAUCAACCCCUUCAUGUCUUCUCCUUCCCACAUUGAAGUCAUUCUUACUGAAAAGGAAGAAGCUGUUCCUCGUGCUACUGACAAGAAGGUUGUCAAGCUCAAUGCUCGUCAAUUAGCUCGUAAUGCCCGUCUCUUGGCUGGAAAGACUCGUCCUGUUAAAGCUUAA